GGAUCCCUGCCGAUUAGCAGUUAUCUUAGCGGCAUCUCGUCAGUAUCUUUAAUUUGUCAUGCCCCGUUCACACCCCCCCACGGCGAUUGAGAUGGGCUUCGACAUGAAAUUGCCCAAUCUGGCCUCUGAGAGACCCGGACCCAGUCACAUGGGGAGUCUUGGACCUUUCCCCAUCGAGUGGGGAGAGGGAGAUCACCGAGAGGCCCCGAAGUAAAAAUCGUUAGACUAACUCGUGCGCCGUCUGGCUCUGGGACAGAUGGUCCGUGCGAUCAAUCACAGUGCACUUCGUGCCCAUCCAACUCACAGAGUUUACUGAUAGACGUGGUCUCUGGUUGCGCUCUACCAAUGGACGUGCCAUCCCCAGUCUUAGGGCAGGUAAACCCAGUGCGAAUCCUUUUACUGCCCGUUGGCCAACAGGCUGGGAGGGAAAACAAAAGUCAAUCUGGGGGAGGCGCCAUCACUGCUUGGCUCAUACUUUGCUUCCCAAGUUACUGGGAGAACUCUGCACAAGGGUGGGAUUCAGACUGGAGAUCCUCCACAACGGUGGGAGGUGAGAUCGAUUGGGACGAUCCUCAUGAAGCGCAACCUCCCCAUUUGGUUCUAGACCCCGAACCCGAACAUGUUUCGACUUCUCAGGCUAUUAUAGUGUUACUUUUAGCGUCCUCUGCUUAUCGUGGGGAAGUAAAAUCGAAAGCCAGCGCAUAUCGCUCGUGUAAUUUGCCUCCUAUCCUGGAAAAUGGUUCCGAGACUCCUCUCCAGCGGAACCGACCCAAGGUUAAGCCCUCUACUACGCAGCACCAUCAGUGCGAGAACUUUGGCCGCAAUAGGACCCACGGAACGGCCGGAAGCCAGACUUUGACCGGCCCUUAGGUCGAGGAUCCGAAGUUGAACCUGCUCCAAAGCAAGUGGCUCGCCUAGGCCCCCCUCUGGGUGCCAAUAUACUUGACAGCUGCGCUGCAAAGUUAAUAGGGGGGGGGGUGGGUUUGGUGGACGACCAAAAGCCCCCUCGUCCGCUACUACAUAUUUAAAUACUACUCUCUCGUUUA